CUCCAUUCGUCUUCAAAUAUGUAGGCGAACAGGACCAGCCGGGAAGGUGUGAUGUCAACUGAUGGACGUCCGAGAAGCCGGCAUUUUGACCCAUCUUCGCUCCCUUGUGAAUGGACUUUGAUGGUGCUGCAGUGGAUUUGCCAUUGGGGGAAGAAAGCCUUUCUCACUUAGAAGUUAUAUGUUCCAGAUUUGAAGCUCAACAAUAUGUUUUGUCACCAUGGGAUGACUGGUCAAAGGACUUGCAGCCAUCUCAGUUUUUACAGCAACGUAUAUGCAGAAGUGUCAUAAACCAAAAAGUGCUUCAGCUAUCUCUGUAUUUACUUUUCUUGACACCAACAAAAUCGCACAGCCAUGGGACUCUGUCCCUCUGCGUUUAAGUUCUUAAGGAGGUGGAAAUACUUUGUGCUGCUCCUCCUUUGUCUCUCAGUGUUGGCCUGGAUCGCCACGUUUGCAGGUGAAACUGUGAAGUCCUUUGAAGACGUCCCGCUCACGACACAAACUGUCGGCAAGGGGAAAAUUUUGAGGGGUGAACUGAACUCUGAGGCUUCGGUGACAGAAAAAGUCUUUAGUAGUCCACCACCAAAAGUCAAGUGCCCUGAGAAAUCGCCACUGCUUCAGGGGGCACUGAAGUUGUCGUUUGAGCCUUCUCUGACAAUGAAGGACGUGGAGGGUGAGAACGCCGGGGUGGCUGACGGUCAGUACCAGCCUCCGGACUGUGUGGCGAAGCAGAGUGUAGCUAUCCUCAUUCCCCACCGCAGCCGUGAGAAACACCUUCUCUACCUCCUGCACCACCUGCACCCUUUCCUCCAGAGGCAGCAGCUACACUACAGCAUUUAUGUCAUCCAGCAGGCUGGUGAUGCAACGUUUAAUCGUGCAAAGUUAUUAAAUGUCGGAUAUUUGGAAGCACUGAAGGACUACAGUUGGGAGUGCUUCAUUUUCCAUGAUGUGGACCUAGUUCCUGAGAAUGAUUACAAUUUAUACACAUGUGAUAAGCAGCCCAAACACUUGGUGGUUGGCCGAAAUGCCACAGGGUACAAACUGCGUUACAAAGGCUAUUUUGGAGGAGUCACAGCGAUGACCAAAGACCAGUUUCAUAAAGUGAAUGGAUUUUCAAACACUUAUUGGGGUUGGGGUGGAGAGGAUGACGAUCUCCGCAUCAGGGUGGAGCUCCAGAAAAUGAAGAUUGUGAGGCCACCUCCUGAUGUGGCUCGCUACACCAUGGUGUUUCAUAAACGCGACAGUGGCAAUGAAAUAAACAAAGACAGGAUGCGAUUGUUGGGACGGACUCCCCAAGUAUGGAGGAAAGAUGGAUUAAACACUUGUUCCUAUAAGACUUUGUCUCUAGAGAGGCUACCACUUUACACAAAUGUUACUGUCGACAUUGGGAAACCACUGGCCCACUGAGAUUUGAAACAGAAACCCUCCCACUAUGACCAAAAAAAAUCCCCCAAAUUCUUAUGUAUUGAGGCCAUUGAGUGUAAGAGACUAUUGCAUGUGCACAACUUAACAUUGUAAGCACACAGGAUGCACCUUCUUCCCUUGUAUCUUCAGUUUUGAAUGCACAAAUACACUUACUUCCUCAAAAGAAAAAUGUUUUAAUCAAUUUUAUCAAGGGAACUGUUGAUUUCUGCCACCACCUAGAGACGCUAAAGCAACUAACUGGAGAGAGCAAACAAAUCUCAGCACCUUUACAUGCCAUUCCUCCCAUCUUCAAUACUCUGUUCUUAAAUAUAAGUGCUUUGUCCUUUUACUUACUCCACCUUCUCCGCUGUCAAGGCGGGGAUGUGAAGGAUAGCCCUAGCAUAACAAAUGAGAAGCUUUUUGUAAAGGCAGAAAUGUAGUGGUUUCAUGAAUUGGCCAAGACAAUUUGUAUUCCCAGUGUCUAGAAUUAGAUUGUUGAAAAAAGGCAACUCAAACAUCCAACUUUAAUCAUAUUGUGCACAUGUUAAAAAUUGUUGCAUGCCUUCAAAACUUUUAUGCACACUUGAAUUGUAGAACAUGUUCAUUAACACCUGCAUAUAUUUUAUAUUAUGCUUAUAGCAUGUACCUUGUGCAGAUGGUGUGAAUGUUCCUUACAAUUUUUCAUGGAUAUAGCUUUUGGUAAUAUUUAAAAGUGCUAUAUGUGAGAUUUUGAACAUUAAUAUAGCAUUAAACAGCUAUUAUAAAGAGACAGUGGAGUAAUGCCAUCCUGAGCAGAGAAUGAAGUCCCUCCCUCUGUGUGUGUUGUAAUCCAAGUUUCUUUAUUCUUAGUUUGGGAAGCCGGUCCAGCCAUGUGUGCAUGGUAGUGCAUGUGAGGUAGCUAGUGUUAGCAGGAUAGCUAGCAAGCUAGUAAUUAUGUUAGAUGGAUUUAGGUCACUCGGCAGAUAGAAGAAAUGGCUCUUUACCAAGCUGAACAUGUUACUAAUGUUAAUAACAUAAUUCUAUACUGAAGGAAAAAAAAUCAAUAUUACAACCGAACCCAAUGAAAUAAUAGCCAAGAAUGCAAAGGGAGGGGGAAGGUUUGUUUUGGUUUGGUCUGAGAUUUUGGUGCUGAAUAUCAUAUAUAAAACCUUUUAAUAUAGACCUGAUUUAGGCUAGACUGUCAGGGAGCUGAGACUUGCCUCUGACAGCUUAGCGGAAACUUGUAUAUCAGUGACACUGGAGGACUAGCCAUGUUAGUUUGUGUCAGUCUGUUGACUGGAAAAUGACACCCACUUCAUAGUUAUUAUUCACUGUAUUUAUUGAAAUGUUUGUAUUGGGUCCAUAAUGUGUGACUGAAAGCAUUUAUUUGUGAUUUGAUCUCUGGAAACAAAUUUCAAGUUUGCUUGUAGGCCAACAUCAGCAUUAGGGUUUACUCUCAAUUUUCUACAUUUAGAUAAAAGGCAAAAGACAGCUGGAAAAACUACUCCUAAAUUCUCAACAUCACAAUUAACCUGUAGUAAGUCAUUUAAGAGUCAAGGCCUCAGUGCCCAAACAAUAUAUAAAACAAAUAUUCCUAUGUCCUGAUUUUUGUGUAUUGGGGAAAUGCUGUAAAGAAAUAGGCACUGUGCUGAAGUUGUUUCUUUUAAAGAUGUUUCCUAUUCAUGCUGGAAGAUAUUAAGACAUUUUGUACAGAAAGAAUAGGGGGCUCAGCUGUAAGUCCUGGGGAACUCCUGUUUAAGGGGGGUAUGUUAAGAUACUGCUCUUUACUUUCUCAUUGUUAUGAUGGCAAAUCGAGCAUUUUAAUGUUAAGUUUAAAUGGCCCAUGUAUUGACACUGACAAAAUUUUCCUCCAUGGACAUUAUUCUGUUUUCAGUGUACAACAAAACAUAUAACUUGAAACAUAACAUAUAUCACUAAAUUCCCUUAUUUUUAAAUGUCAGGAAAACUCAAGGAGUGUUGAGCAAUAAAAAAGAUAGUUGAUUACAUCAGAUAAAAUGAAAAGUAUGUGUUAUGGAGCCAUCCUUUGCAAAGAAAGGCAAGCAAUUAUCAGGGGAAAAAAUGUUCUUUUGAUAAUUGUGAUUGAAUUAUUAGCCAAUUUGGUGAAAGCAAAAUCACAGUGUCACAGUUUGUUUGAAGGUCGGGCAUGUGGGUGGGCAGUUUUAACCACCAUAACCAGCCUGGGCUCCUUAUUUACAAGAUGGAAAUGCAAUGCUUUUAUUCCAUGUGAAGCUCUAGCCUGUUUCUAAAAAGCCUUCUGCUGCCUUGUGGCAACUAAUUUUGCCCAAAGAGAUUGAGAGCCUCUUUAAAAUGGUCAAAGAUGAAUAAGAUAUUUCACUUGAAAGGUAAUUUCUUUUGAGCAUAUACUUAAAAUAAUGAUAGGAGAUUAUUUCUAACGAUGCAUUUCAUUUUUAAUGCCUUAGACACCUGGAUUCUAUGUAAAUAUAAAUGGGUGCUGGAUUAUUUGACAUAUAUUUUACUAUUCAACAUUUAUUAAGUAAAAUAUAUCAUUCCAGACCAAUACUUUAUAUCACUUUAUUACAAAUGUAAUAUAUAGUUUAUGAAAUCUGCAUACCUUAAAUCAUUGCAUGCUGCUUAUCAAUGUGUAGUGACUGAUGUGCUCAAAUCCUCAAAUUUACAUAACAGCAAAUGGUUAGUCAAUUUAAGGAAUUAUUUCAGACCUAGCAGAGCGAUAUUAUAAUUUGCUGACAAACUAUUUAAUAAUGACACUUGACUUAAACCUCCAGUAAUACCAUAUCCAUUGCCAUAACAGUUCUGGUAAAAGAAAUAUUCACAAGUCAAUGUAAUUUACCUAAUUUGAGCACAAUUCAUUCCUUGAACCAAAUGCUGUGUUGAGCAAUUUAAAAUGAAUGUUUCCCACAUCAUUCCUUCUUCCCGUCUCUCCUUACUUCCCUCUCUCCUUCCAAAUAGUCAUCAUAUUGAUGUAAGGACGGUAUUACUUUUCAUAAAUGUGUCAUAUAGCUGUUAUGAGCCUCCCUAAGGGUAAAGUACUACCCUGUAAACAACAUUGAUAUAUAAAGUGCAUUUUUUAUGCCAGUGUAAAAAAAAAAAAAGUCAGUGAAUUAAGAGUCAACUAAGUCAUUUCAUUGUGACAUGUCCUCUCUUUACUGAAUGUAUUGUUAUUCACAUCUGCCUGUUGUUGGUUGAGAUAUUAAUAUAUUUGAGGAUAUUGUUCAUGCAUUAGAUGAGCCACAAACGUCUCGUCAUGAUUUUGUAAGAUUAUCAAACCAACAAAGUUUAUUCCAAUAUUUUAGCAUCAGCCAAUUGUACAACUGUGUCUUUUCAUAUGAAUUCCUACUUAACUCUGAUUCGUAGCUGAAAGGGAUGAAAACCAUGCCACACUGACUGUUUUGCAAUACCGUCUUGAAUACUUUGGAAUGUUUUGUAUGUUGUUUUUCAAUUUUCUAUAUUUUGAUUGUGGGAUUAAGGGUGACUAAAGUAAUGACCAAAAGGGCGUUACACAAUUCAACACUGAUAAAUUCAUUUCCUUUUUCAAAUUUAUAAUAAAUAUCCUAUUCUUA